CGGUUCCUCCCCUUCUUCUGCCCCCAACCCCCGCCGGGCGCCGCCGACCCCCUCCUGGUGCAUUCCCGCUGCGGAUCCGAAGAACCCGUGAGUGAGCCUGCUAGUUUCUUCUUCGUUCAGAACAAGUUACAAGCGUGCAUGAAGAAGCAUCAUGCCCAAGGUAAAGACGAGUGGUGUCAAGUAUCCUGAUGGGUGGGAGGUCAUAGAGCCCACCCUCUCAGAGCUCCACUCAAAGAUGAGGGAAGCUGAGAACGAUCCGCACGAUGGCAAGCGGAAGUGUGAGGCGUUAUGGCCCAUCUUCAAGAUCAAUCACCAGAGGAGCCGAUACCUGUAUGACCUCUACUACAACAGGAAGGAGAUCUCCCGGGAGCUGUAUGAGUUCUGCCUUGAUCAGGGCCAUGCUGACCGUAACCUCAUCGCCAAGUGGAAGAAGCCAGGCUAUGAACGUCUUUGCUGCCUGCACUGCAUCCAGACACGAGAUCAUAACUUCGCAACCACCUGUGCCUGUAGGGUUCCUAAGCAUCUGAGGGAGGAACAGGUCAUAGAAUGUGUUCACUGUGGAUGCAAGGGCUGCGCUAGUGGUGACUGAGCACGGUGUGUUCAGACUUCAGACACUACCAAGGUGAAGUUAAGGUCGAUAGGGUAAACUGGUGAUAUCAGCGAUCUACUUUGUCAAAAUGUGUAGCGUGUUUUCUACUCUGUCAGUUCGAUAAGCCACAUGUGCUUGUAAGACGCUGCUUUUGGUAAUGCAAAGAAUUUGAGUUUGCACUCCCAGUUUUUAUUUA